UGCAACAUUGAACAAUCGUCAAUGCUAUUUUGUGCGUGUGAUAAUUCAGGAAACUAUUCUGAAUUUAUUCACAAUUAUUUCAACAACAUGUUCAUUUUCGAUAAUAAAAAUAAUUAAACAAAGUAAAUUGGAGUGACUUUCUUUUGGGUCGGCGAUGUGUGGUCGCUAGACAUUGCCAUGAGCGUUUUAAAUAAUCAGUCGUAAAUCAUAUUAUUGUUUUGAAUCUGAUUCAGGAUGGUGUUCGAAUCCAUUGUGGUGGACGUCCUGAACCGGUUCCUUGGGGAUUAUGUGGAAAACUUGAAUCGGUCCCAGUUGAAACUGGGAAUAUGGGGUGGCGAUGUGGUGCUUGAAAAUUUGAAGUUGAAGCAGAAUGCUUUGGAGGAGCUAAACAUCCCGGUUCAGACUGUCUAUGGACAUUUGGGAAAACUCGUCCUCAAAAUACCAUGGAAGAACCUAUACGGCGCGUCGGUGGAGGCGUCCAUCGAACGGCUCUUCCUGAUCGUGAACCCUUCGGCUGAGGUGGUGUAUGACCCUGAGAAAGAGGAGAAGCUAGCGCUGGCGGCGAAACAGGCCGAGCUGGUGAGGGUUGAGGAGGCUAAGAAGAAAGAAGCUGAGAAAGAUCAAAACAAACUUGACGAGACGUUCGUCGAGAAGCUAGUAACACAGAUCAUAAAGAACGUCCAGCUGAACAUAAAGGACAUCCACAUCCGCUACGAGGACAGCAUAACGAACCCUAAAGCUCCCUUUUCCUUCGGCAUCACACUACAUAACCUCUCAGUACAUACUACUGAUGAAAACUGGAAACAGACGGUUAUACAGGACGCUGUCACUAAGAUUUUUAAGAUAUUAAAUUUAGAUGGGCUGGCAAUAUACUGGAACCCGGCGACAGAGCUGUACGCGAAACACGCAGAAGAAUCCAUCAGGGAUAGGCUGCAGAAAGAGAUCGCGACCAAGUCUUCACAACCUACGUAUUAUAGAUAUGCGCUUGGUCCAAUCAAUGCCACAGCAAAACUAAAACUAAAUCCAAAGCCAGAGGCCGACACGCCCAAGUUUAGUUUACCAAAAGUCAUAUUAACGCUACACAUGGAACAAUUGUCAGUAAACUUGAACAAAAAGCAGUACCAAGACAUGAUGCUGCUAGCUGAUUCUAUGGAUAGGAUGAAUAAAGGAGCUCCAUACAGAAAAUACCGUCCAAACCUCCGCUCAUACCGCGGCCACUACAAAGAGUGGUGGCAUUUCGCGUACACGUGUAUCUUGGAGGACGAAGUGCGCCGCAGAAGGAAUAACUGGGACUGGACGCACAUGUUGACACAUAGGAAUCUGUGCAAGGACUAUGCGAAGGCUUACCAGUGUAAGCUGAGUAACAAAGGCAAGGCGACCCAAGAGCAACAGUGUCUUCUAGACGAGGCCGAGAAGAAACUAGACUUGCUCAACUUGGUCGUUAUCCGGCAAAGGAUUGAGAUGGAAGUGGAGCGGCUCGGCAAGAUGGAGGAGGAGGCGCGCAAGAGCCGCGGCUGGUUCAGCGGCUGGUGGGGCGCCGCGCGGGACGACGGGCUCGCCGAGGGCACCGCCAUCAUGAAACAGUUCCAAAACGCAAUGACUCCCGAGGAGAAGGCGAAGCUAUUCCGUGCCAUAGACUACCAAGAGAAUAGCGCACCACUGCACCUGCCCACCGAAUACGUGGCCGUUGAGAUGUGCUUCCGUCUCGACAGAUGUCAGGUGGCUGUGGACGACGAUAAGGAAGUGCUGAAGGCUUGCGUGGACAACGUUGUGGUUGAAAUGGGCCAGAGACCGAGCGCCAAUGCGAUCAGGGUGGACGUGCAAAUGCAAGCAUUCACGGUGACGGGCGUGCAGCAAGGAGAGUACACACCACAACUCGUUACGUCAAAGGAGGUCACCAGCGACGUCAACCUGCUGAAUGUCACAUUUGAGACCAAACCCUUGGAUGGCAAAUGCGACCAGAGGGUGCGAGUGUCAGCGCGGCCGCUGCAAAUCAUUUACGACGCGCAAACUGUCAUCGAGAUAGUCAAUGUUUUCAAACCAGAAACAGAGUCCUCGGCUUUGACUACUUUACAAGCGGUCGCCGAAAACAAAAUGGCAGACCUCAAGGAGAAAUCUGCGCUGGGUAUGCAGUACGCCGUGCACCAACACAGUUUCAUCGACCUCGAUAUCGAUAUCGCGGCUUCGUACAUUGUUGUGUCGCAGACUGGGAAAUUUAAACCUGAGGAACCCUGCAUAGUAGUGAAACUUGGUGCAAUUCACAUAAAAUCCGAGCCGCGGGAUGAGACGCUGGACGUGCACAGACUGUACAAGGAGGGUUUGGCGGACGACCAGAUUAUACAGGAAAUUGCUCGCCACAGCUAUGACAAAUUGGACCUUCAGCUCACUGAAAUGCAGAUCGUGAUAGCGUUACGGAACGAGGACUGGCAGUCAGCUAUAGGCAGCCACGAGGCUACACCCUUGCAUCUCCUGCAACCCACCAACCUAGUCAUACAAAUACACAAGUGCCUGAUCACAGACGACCCGAGACUGCCCAAGAUUAGGAUCAGGGGCGAAUUGCAGAAAAUAGCCAUUAGUGCUUCUGAGGAUAGGUUAUUAACGCUUUGUGAAAUAUUAAUAGGCAUGCCUCUGCCUAAGGCAGAGGAAUCUACACAACUUAAGGCAUCCGAAUCGAAAGGUUCCAGUUUAUCUCUAUUGACGAAAUAUCUUGACCCGGUAGAGAAACAGAAACGUGACACAGCGCGAGCCAAACGGAAAUCUGACGAGCAAUCGGUGCAGUUAACUGAAGUUGAAGCCAUAUUUAUAAUGAAUGAACUUGUCCUAAGCGUGAAUCGCAAGAAAGCGAUCAGCGGCCAAUCCUACGACAAAUUCUUAGUGUUCUCCCUCUACAUGUUGGAACUGACCGCCACCCAGAAAACGUUCAUGUUGGAGGCGACUGUGAGACUAGGCGCGGUCGGCAUGCAACAUCACAGGCAAGGGAGAAACAUGAUACAGAUGAUUGACACGCCUGAAGUCACUCAGAAAAACGAGGAGAGUACUGGCGAAGGAACGGCUGGCCAUUCUUUGUUCGCGGUCACGUAUAGCAACAUCGACAAAAAAUGCCCAGAAUUCAGAAGCCAUUACGGAUCAGUUGAGCAACUAAUCGAGUUGGAUUUCGCCACUUUGAGAGUCCUACUUCAUCUCGAAGGCCUACAAGAGAUACUUAUCAUCGUAAACGAAUAUCAGACGCGGUUGCAAAAUCUUCAAAGCACCGUUGAUCGGGUCGCUAACGCCGGUCCAUUGGAGACUAUUGUCGAAGACGAGGAACUUCUGUCUGCAGUAAAAUCGAAAGCCAGUAUCUCAAAGCAGACACGCAAAAAGCAGGUGGAGACGAUACAACUGAAAGUGAACGUUAAGAUAGGCGCAGUAGAGAUAGAAUUCGCGACGGAUCGACGUCGCCUGAGCUUGGUUCAGCUGCAGAAGGCCGCUGCUGGUCUGAUAUUGAAGAGCUCGUACACGCAGGUGGAUUGCGCUAUAGCUGAUAUCAAUGUGCAGGAUUUGAAUCCAGCUACGAUACAUAAAGACAUAUUAAAAGUCCUAGGCGGAGACGUGAUGAACGUCCAAGUGGUGAUGUACAACCUUGAACAGGGCAAUAACAUCAGCGACGUCAACAUGAGCGUGGACGCGCAGAUCAACUGCCUCAGGAUAGUGUUCCUCAACUGGUUCGUCAGUUCUAUGCUGGAAUUCCUAAAUAAUUUCCAAACAGCCCAACAAGCUAUCAUAGAGGCGUCCUCACAAGCGGUCGAGUCCGCCCGCGCCAACGUACAAAACGCGUACGAAAACUCCACCAAACUAGCGUUGAAAGUUCGUCUGGCGGCACCCAUUAUAGUGGUGCCUGAGAACUCGAAGAGUAAAAAGGCGUUGCUGGUUGAUUUGGGCCGGAUGACGCUACAAAAUAAGUUCGUUGAUUUGGAAGUUCAGAACGUCAGCAACAAAGUGACGGUAGACGAACUAACCCUCGAGUUAGAAGACAUCCGUCUUUCCUGCGUGAGUUUAGUGGACGAUAUGACGGCGGUGAAAGACGAAAGGAAGCUUCUGAAACCUACGAGCUUGAAGUUGUUUGUGAAGAGAAGCCUCUCGACCUGGUACGAGCCUCUGCCAGACUUGGACUUAUCAGGGAGACUUAAGACUAUUUCGAUCAGAGUUGGCCACAGCGACUACAGAAGUAUCAUGAAAAUUCUCAAUCAGAACCUUCAAGAGGGGCAGAAGACGGAGGUGAAAUCUCAUGCCAGCGUCCCAAAGGCCACGUCUAAAGCGGCCGUAAGAAGUACGAGCAAGCAAGACGCGCGGAAAACCACGACAGCUUCCAUUGAAGCGGUGAAAGAUGUGGAUGUCAGGAAACCGAGGACAACCAUCAAGUUUGCUUUUACCAUGGAUAGUUUUGUCAUUGACUUGGUGAACACUACCUCUAAUCUCGCACCAGGAACCGAAAGCGACAUCGAACUGGCGCGCUUCUGCCUAGCACUCUUCUCCGUAAAAGGCCGCAUGUUCUCUGAUAACUCUAUCAAUACGUCGCUACUUCUAGUGGACUGCACUUUAGACGAUACCAGGCCCGAUCGUGGCGCGAAGUUAACCAGGUACUUAGAGCGUCGCCGAGAGUCUGGAGAUAUGAUGCCUGAUGUUGCCAAGGAACCCUUGAUGGCAGCCCCAGACAAGAUACGAAGUAUGAUCGACAUCACAUACACUAUGAAGAAUCAAGACACAUACAUCGACAUAAGGGUGUUUAGUUUCAAUCUCAUCCUGGCCAUGGACUUCCUGAACAAAAUAGCGGAUUUCAUGAAAACAGGACUAGAGGAGGAGGCUUCUGAAGAUCCCUUGGAGGAAGCCCCCGAAAACAAGUCCCCGCACGUUGUGAACAAGCUUGAAAAACCAUCAGAGGUUCCUCAGGUAGUAGCGGUGAAAAAGAAGCGAACCUCAACCGUGACGCAACCAGCGGAGCCGCAACCGCAAAAGUUGUCCAUGAUGACAGUCAACAUAAAGAUCGAGCAACCCGAUAUCAUCUUGGUUGAGUCGCUCGAGCAGAGAACAUGCGAUGCCUUGGUGCUUAAUAUGGAAGCUCGUUUUAAGCUACGCAAGAACGAAGAGCGUAUGGUCGCCGAUGGUGGCAUCUCCGGCCUGCAAAUGGUCAUCCGCACUCUCGGCAAAGCAGAGAAAAGCCACCGUUAUUUGCUCGAACCGGCCAAUAUGUCUUUUGCGUUGUCACAGCCGCCGAGCUGCGGCAUGCAUGUUGACGUCGCCAUAUCAAAUAUUAAGAUCACCGUGUCGCCCGAUAUCAUAGCACUAUUAAACCGCGUGAUGGCAACCAUGACCAGCUCAGAGGAAGACACCACGCAGCAAGCUGAUCGGAUCAUUAUGUACUCUCAGCUGUGGGACAUUGCGCCCUUCAAACCUAAUACAUAUUGGUUCUUGAAAACUGAGCUGGCGGAAGAAGCGAUGGACCUAGAGGAGGAACCGCAAGAACUGGUGGCAAAAGAAAAGCCCCCGACCGACGAGAUAUGCAUGCUGUCCAGUCCGUCCAUCGUGCUCUCGCUGGAAAUGCAGAUCGGCACUGAGACGAUCCCGGUGCUGGUCAUGCAGGCGUCGCUUACUGGGCAAGUCAAGGACUGGAGUUCUGAUUUCUACCUGGAGUCGACGUGGGCGAUGCAAGUGUCGUACUACAACCUUGGGCGUGCCGUAUGGGAGCCGCUGAUAGAACCCGUGGAAGUACUUAAGGACUACUCGUACAAACAUGUUCCGUGGGAACUGAAGAUGGAGGUAGUGAUGCGUCCGGCAGUGGAACAAAGUGUCAUCGACCUCACAGACGAGGCAGCCAACGUGGCGCUCAUAGCUCACCGGCAAGCCAACAAGACUGUCACCAUUUCUAGCCAAGAGACGCUUGAAAUCACUGUCACUAGGAGCGGCAUGGAGGUGCUGACUCUCCUUGGAAACUCAUUCUCGGCUGCUAUCGCAGACACCGCCGACCAAAGUGGAAGCGUUUUGUCGAAACUAAAUGAAGACAAGACUACCAAAUCGGAGUAUUACGGCGCGCCGUACGUGCUGCACAACUGCACGGGGCUCACGGCUAAACUGCUUCUAGAAGACAACCACGACUUCACUGUGUUCCUUGCUGACGGCAAGAAAGAGUCCGACUACAGGGAGGUGGUGUUUGAAACGGGCGCUUGCGUCCCGUUGAAGCUGAAGCGAGGCGGACUGAAUAUCAUGAAGCUGAAUGAGGCGCCGCCCCCGCUCUCGCUUAGCGUUAGGAUAGUAGAGCUAGAAGAGCAGGUGCAGGUGCCGGUGGAGCGAGCGGACAAGCGCUACUUCCCGCUCGGGCGGCAGCAGCCCGGCGCGGCGGAGCGCAGCGCGCCGCACGUGUUCCUGCACGAGUCGCGCGGCCUCAUCUCCGACGUCGUCAUGCAGGAGGCCGCGCUGCACAUCUACCUGCGGAGCGUCCUCCAGGUGACGAACAACCUAUCAGUCAACGUGUCAGUAUACUACAUGACGCUGAGUGGCAACGAAGUCCGCUUACUGGGCGAAGUGAAUCCGGGCGCCACCUUGCGGCUGCCCCUACAAGCUGUGCACACUCCCAGUGCUGAGAUAUUCUUCUCUGUCGAAGGUUUCACCGUGUCCAUCUCGCCGUUCAUAUGGCGAGAGCUGCAACAGGAAGUUAGAAUAGCGAAACUGCUGCAAUGCGACUCCAAGGUCAAGAGUAGCGGUGAAAAGUUCUAUCUCAAUGCUAUCGGCACGAUGGAACAAGUAUUCUUCGAGAACACCAACCGGCACACAUUCGCGUCCUCUUGCUACGACAUAGUCCUAAAGCCCGCCGUCAAGAUGCAAAACUGCCUGCCAGUGGACAUCGUAGUAUCCCAGUUAGGACUGCAUCGCACGCAAACGUUCAAGCCGGGAGAGAUGUUCCAUCUGUCCCAUCUAUCGCCUAACAAGGCUUCCAUCGUUGUUAUGAUACAAAACUACCUAGACAAAUGCUGGGUGUGCACCAAAAACCUUCCCGACAACGAGACCGAGCUGUCCGUGUGGUCGUUCGAGUCCCACGACAGCCCGGCGGUGAUGACGCUCGACCUCGGCAUGCACAGCGUCGACUCGGACGGCACGCAGGUGCUGUCGCUCUACUGCCCGUUCUGGAUGCUCAACAAGACGGGGCUGACGCUGUGCUAUAGGAAAUCAAAGAAAGCAGAAAAAGAGUCCAGCACACCCAAUAAGAUGAAACUGUCAUGUUGCAGUAAGUUUCUUAGCCGCCACGGCUGCAUGCCGAACCACGACGAGACGGGCAACGUAAUAUUCCACCCUAAGGAAUACAAGGAACCGAUUCUAUUCUCGUUCCGAGCUAAAAACUUCUUCGGCAAGAAAAAGGCGGCCAUCAGGAUAGACUUCGGCGAGUGGUCCGAGAAGUUCUCUCUGGAUGUGCCCGGCAGCUCUGGAGUUAUUACUUGCCGACUUGAGGGCAGGUCUUACCAGGUGGCCGUGACGAAUCAGUUGUCGUUCAAUAGUCUGACCAAGAUGGUGAUCUUCACGCCAUACUUCCUUAUCAUCAACGAGGCGGCUUUCGGCAUCGAGUAUCAGGAGAUGCACCGCUCUGCUGACCCGUGGAAAGAGGUGGAGAAGAACUCGAGCGCCCCCUUGUGGCCCGUUGUUGAAAAAGAUGAGAAGCUUCUUAUACUGCGCGUCGCCGGCUCCAAGGACAUCACCGCACCAUUCCUGUACACCGAGCAACACGGCUCCUGUCUGAAACUUAAUAAUGAGUACGGUGGACUACACGUGGAAGUGCAGCUCAGCGAAGGCGGCACGUACAUCACGGUCCGUCAGUACCGCGACGGACACGCUCCCGCUUUACUCAUCAACUACUGCCCCUACACCGUCACUGUGUAUGAGAAGGAAAACGUUAAUAGCAAGAAAAUCGCUUCCAUGCAGAAGAUGUUGUACACGUGGGACAACCCGGCGGGACCUCGGGUGCUGAUCUUCGAGGGACACAACAAGAAAGAGAUUGAAAACGACCUGAGGCAGGACGGCAUUGGCGAGUUUAUGAUCGACAGCCAGCACAGCGUGUGGUGGGUCUCCUUCCUAGACGGCCUGCAACGCAUACUUCUCUUCACGGAGGACGCGAUGCUCGCGAGCGGCGCCCACACAGUCGGCGAGGCCGAAAUAGUUGACAUGGAGAUCAUCUUCGCGAUCCACGGAGUGGGCCUGUCGCUUGUUAACGACCCGGAGCAUCUGGAGCUCAUUUACAUGACAAUUUCCAACUCGGGAAUUAUAUGGGAGCAAUGCAAACUGGGCGCGCGCCGGUACAAGAAAAUCGAGGGCACGAAACUCAGACAGUACGAGGAGGCGUAUCAGAAGUAUCUGCUCAACAAGGCGGCCUCUGAACCAACGUUAGCUGUGUGCUAUGUGGAUGACAAAAUAGAGGUGAACUUCGAAGAGAUGCGCGUCGUUAAGCCGUCCCCGCGUCUGCUGCGGCGCACGGCGGAGCCUGGCCUGUGGGCUUCCGUAGGGAUGACGGCGCACUCGAGGAGACUGCACGCGCGCCUUCACCGUUUACAGAUCGACCAGCAACUGCCGCUGCCCACUUUCCCCGUGACACUAGCGCCUGUGCCGCCUCCACCCUCCGUCGCUACCCAGGACCACAUGGGCAUAAAGCCGUUCAUCGAAGUGUCGAUAGUGGAGCGUAUAAUGGAGCACAGCAAGGUCCGGCAGUACAAGUACUACAAGGUGCUGAUCCAGGAGUUCCACGUGAAGGUGGACAUGGGCUUGAUCAACGCGCUGCUCGGCAUGUUCCCGCAGCGGCUGCUCACCGAACAGGAGGCGCUGGAAGCUUUCCAAACGGACCUCGAAAACGCUAGACAGCCCCUAGAAGCGCUAGCGGCGAUCGGCGCCGCAUCCGACAUGAAGAACUUCUACGACAAUCUCCAUCUGUCUCCGCUGAAAGUGCACGUCUCUUUCUCUCUCGGCGGCGCCACGCAGCUGCCGUCCUUUAUCGGCACGGUGCUGCAGAGUAUAGGCGUCACGCUCACUGACAUGAACGAUGUUGUCUUCAAGCUAUCGUACUACGAGCGCAACUUCGAGUUCCUCUCGCAAAAGGAGUUGAUAUCGCAAGUGUCGAGCCACUACCAAGGACAGGCGAUCAAGCAGCUGUACGUGCUAGUUCUGGGUCUGGAUGUGAUCGGAAACCCAUACGGGCUGGUCGUUGGUCUCAAGAAGGGUGUCGAGGACUUGUUCUAUGAACCCUUCCAGGGCGCCAUCCAAGGGCCGGGCGAGUUCGCCGAGGGCCUGUUCCUGGGCGUGCGCUCGCUGGUGGGGCACACGGUGGGCGGCGCGGCGGGCGCCAUGUCGCGCAUCACCGGCGCCAUGGGCCACGGGCUGGCUGCGCUCUCGCUCGACAAGGACUACCAACGCCGUCGACGCGACAACAUAAACAAGCCUCCAGCGAAUCUACAGGAGGGACUCGCGAGGAGUGGAAAAGGUCUAGUCAUGGGCGUGUUCGACGGCGUGACGGGCGUGUUCACGAAGCCGAUAGAGGGCGCGCGCUCCGAGGGCGUCGAGGGAUUCUUCAAGGGCCUCGGUCGCGGCGCCGUUGGUCUCGUCGCGAGGCCUACGGCAGGCGUGGUUGACUUCGCCUCGGGAUCCUUCGACGCUGUUAAGAGGGCGGCUGACUUGUCAGAAGAGACGACGAAACGACGCGCCGCGCGGUACUUGCCGGCCGACACCGGCGUGAGGCCGUACUCGCGCAGCCACGCCGAGGGCUAUAAGAUGCUGUCCGAACUGGAGAAGGGUAAGUUCGUGAGCACGGACUCGUAUGAGGCGCACGUGUGGGUGAUCCCCGCCAAGGAGGUGGUGAUGUGCACGGACAAGCGGCUGCUGUAUCUUGAGAGGAACGUGGUCUUCGGCGGCUGGCAGAUCCUGUGGACCUACCUCUGGUCGGAGCUACCCGAAGUACCGACCGCCGUCGCGAAGGGGGUGUACAUACCGACUGCGAAGAAAAAGGUGUUGGGCAUGUUCCCGAGCUCCGGAUCCGGUAAAGUGAUAUUUUUAGUCGACGAACAACAGAAGAAAUACUUGCUGGCACAGUGUGAGAGGCUCAUGAGCUCCCGUUGACAUGAAGUAGUAGAAAGGAUGACCCCGACCGAGUGGCUGGGAGAGUUCUUUCUACUUGUCUUUGAUUUCCGCACCGCGAUGCUUGCAGUCGCCUACCACUUUAACCUGCACCAUCUUACCCCGAGAGGCUUCCGCUAACUAUCGCUGUGCUUAACUGAACUCUUAUUUCGUAUCGUGUAUAUUUUCAUCUCCACUAUGCGAAGCUUGUGAGUGUAUUUGUGUAUUUUGAUAUAUUUUUCUUACGAUGACGUGUAUAAGAUGUGUAUUGAAAGUGAUUGAAAUCCUGAAAACUUAUUACCAAUAAGUGUAGCCAACAGCUAGAAGCUGAAGUAAAUCGUUAAUAUCGCUACACAACAUAAUAUUAUCGCUUCAAGUAUUUAAUCUCAUUUGUCUACUUAACUCAGUUUUGAAUUGUAUGAUUUUGCUUAUUAUUAUGUGCUUACUGCACUAACAUUUAUUAUAUACUACUCUGCUGAUUUUGGACAUUUUACCAUACA